AGUAUAAGAGAGGGAAAUACGAUUGAGUGGCGGGGAAUUGUCAUAUCGAGAUGGCGAGGUGGUUAUCACAUUCAUCACUGUGGCUUCCAAUUCCAAAAUCAAAUUCAAAUUUAAAUUCAAAUCCAAACUCAAGGGUGCUACAGUAUCAACAUGCAUACAGAGCUCAAUUGCGUGUUCGAUGCAGUGAUGUGGGUGAGGAGAAGGAGAAGGAGGAGAAGAAGAAGAAGAAGAAGCGAUUGUCAGAGCAGUCGUCGUGGGAGGCGAAGGACGCAGAGGGAAGAGACUAUCUGUACAGACUUGGCAAAGAGGCUGAUAACAUGAACAUCGCCGUCGGCCAGCGUGCCGGCGUCAUCGAUUCCCUUUUCGCCGGCAAUUUUCUCGGCAAAGAUUCGGACAUUGUCUUUGACUAUCGUCAAAAAGUUACGAGGUCCUUUGAAUACCUUCACGGCGAUUAUUACAUCGCUCCUCUCUUCAUGGACAAAGUCGUUUGUCACAUUGUCAAGAACUACCUAGCUCAUAUCCUCAACACUAAAGUUCCUCUAAUUCUAGGUAUUUGGGGAGGAAAAGGACAGGGGAAAUCAUUUCAAACAGAACUUAUAUUUCAGGCCAUGGGAGUUGAACCCGUAAUUAUGUCUGCUGGCGAACUGGAAUCAGAGAGAGCUGGAGAGCCAGGAAAAUUAAUUCGCGAGCGUUACAGAACAGCAUCUCAAGUUGUCCAGAAUCAAGGGAAAAUGAGCUGUUUGAUGAUCAAUGAUAUUGAUGCUGGACUUGGUAGAUUUGGGAAUACUCAAAUGACGGUCAACAAUCAAAUUGUUGUCGGGACUCUUAUGAAUCUGUCAGACAAUCCUACAAGAGUAAGUGUUGGCCAAGAUUGGCGAGAUUCAGAUAUCACAAACAGAAUUCCAAUCAUUGUAACAGGGAAUGAUUUUUCCACUAUUUAUGCUCCGCUGAUUCGUGAUGGAAGGAUGGAUAAGUUUUACUGGCAACCAAACCUCGAAGAUAUCCUGAAUAUCGUUCACAGAAUGUAUGAGAAAGAUGGUAUAUCUAGGGUUGAAGUUGAAAGGGUUGUGAACACUUUCCCUAAUCAAGCAUUGGACUUUUAUGGAGCUCUAAGAUCACGUACUUAUGACACAUCUAUUUUAAAGUGGAUUGAUGAUAUUGGAGGUGUUGAAAAUUUCGGAAGCAAACUUCUCAAAAGAAGAAAGGACCCAAGCCUUCCUGUAUUUAUUCCUCCAGAGCUUUAUGUCACAUAACCAAGCACCUCAGACUGUAAUCACAUCCUGUUCCAGGCACUAGAGACAUUUCAAGGCAAGAAUCAUUUUUGUAUUUUGAAGCAGGGUUUGACCAUGGCCAAUGUAAGUUUUGCCUCCACAUAAAUUAAGCGUUUCAAAGGUCAAGGAACACAACAUAAAUCAACAACCCCACCCCACCAAGAAUAUCACUGCGUUCGUGCGUGGGCACAAAAGCACUUGCUCGGCCACCUCAGAAUGAGAAUAUAUGCAAAUCUCUAGAUGAUUUGGAUUUUGAGCUUUUAGUGAUUAAUUUUUUUCUAUUUUUAUUUUUAAAAGGGAUAACUGGGCCACUGUGUUACUCCAGUAGGUCUUCUGUGUGGAUACUAUCUAAUGUAUCUAUGUGGUACUUUGAAUUUUAUAUUGAGAUGUAUGCCAAAGAUUCUUGACCAUUUCUG